AUGAUAAGAACAGACGAGAAAUGCAUGUUUCAGCUUCGUGAUCGGGUGUGGCUUCGCUCUCAUCCUUACUCGAAAGCUGAACAAUUCUUCUUGGCCAAGCUCGCUCCUAAAUGGCAAGGACCGUAUAGGAUUGUGGAGCAGAACUACCGAGUGGUGAAAGAGGACACAGGGGAAGAUAUGCGCGUUGUCCAUGUCUCACGCCUUAAGGCCUGUUACCCCUUGGCUGAGGAAUUGGAGGUGAUUGAGGGCCGCAAGGUCCUGGAUAUCUUUGAAGAGGAAAGUGAGGAGACUUUUCUCGGAUUCCCAGACCCAGAAGUCUCACACCUUAAGGCCUGUGACCCCCCAGCUGAGAAGCAAACCGCCAAAAAGUGGUGGAGAUAUGGCUACAAUCAAGAUGAGAUGCAGAGCUACACUGCUCUGCUUAACAGAGUUUCUCCCACAACAACCACAGCUGCACAAACGACAACCACAGCUUCUCCCACAACAACCACAGCGUCUCCCACAACAACCACAGCUUCUCCCACAACAUUCACAACUUCUCACACAACAACCACAGAAUCUCCCACAACAACCACAGUUGCAGCUACAACCACCACAGCUGCAGCAACAACAACCGAAGUGCUGGCCUCAACAACCACAGCUGCUCCAACAACAACCACAGCUGCACAAACGACAACCACAGCUUCUCCCACAACAACCACAGCUUCUCCCACAACAACCACAGCUUCUCCCACAACAACCACAGUUUCUCCCACAACAAACACAGCUGCACAAACGACAACCACAGCUUCUCCCACAACAACCACAGCUUCUCCCACAACAACCACAGCUUCUCCCACAACAUUCACAACUUCUCACACAACAACCACAGAAUCUCCCACAACAACCACAGUUGCAGCUACAACAACAGAAGCUGCAGCAACAACAACCGAAGCACUGGCCUCAACAACCACAGCUGCACCAACGACAACCACAGCUGCAGAAACUACAACAACAGCUUCUCCCACAACAACCCCAGCAUCUCCCACAACAACCACAGUUGAUCAAACUACAACAACAGCUUCUCCCACAACAACCCCAGCAUCUCCCACAACAACCACAGCUUCUCCCACAACAACCACAGCUUCUCCCACAACAACCACAGUUUCUCCCACAACAACCACAGCUGCACAAACGACAACCACAGCUUCUCCCACAACAACCACAGCUUCUCCCACAACAACCACAGCUUCUCCCACAACAUUCACAACUUCUCACACAACAACCACAGAAUCUCCCACAACAACCACAGUUGCAGCUACAACCACCGCAGCUGCAUCAACAACAACCGAAGUGCUGGCCUCAACAACCACAGCUGCUCCAACAACAACCACAGCUGCACAAACUACAACAACAGCUUCUCCCACAACAACCCCAGCAUCUCCCACAACAACCACAGUUGCAACCACAGCUUCUCCCACAACAACCACAGCGUCUCCCACAACAACCACAGCGUCUCCCACAACAACCACAGCUUCUGACACAACAACCAGAGUUGCAGCUACAACAUCCACUGCUGCAGCAACAACAACCGAAGUGCUGGCCUCAACAACCACAGCUGCUCCAACAACAACCACAGCUGCACAAACGACAACCACAGCUUCUCCCAUAACAACCACAGUUGCAUCUACAACAACCACAGCUGCAGCAACAACAACCGAAGUGCUGGCCUCAACAACCACAGCUGCUCCAACAACAGCCACAGUUGAUCAAACUACAACAACAGCUUCUCCCACAACAACCCCAGCAUCUCCCACAACAACCACAGCUUCUCCCACAACAUUCACAACUUCUCCCACAACAACCACAGUUUCUCCCACAACAACCACAGCUGCACAAACGACAACCACAGCUUCUCCCACAACAACCACAGCGUCUCCCCCAACAACCACAGCUUCUCCCACAACAUUCACAACUUCUCACACAACAACCACAGAAUCUCCCACAACAACCACAGUUGCAGCUACAACCACCACAGCUGCAGCAACAACAACCGAAGUGCUGGCCUCAACAACCACAGCUGCUCCAACAACAACCACAGCUGCACAAACGACAACCACAGCUUCUCCCACAACGACCACAGCUUCUCCCACAACAUUCACAACUUCUCACACAACAACCACAGAAUCUCCCACAACAACCACAGUUGCAGCUACAACCACCACAGCUGCAGCAACAACAACCGAAGUGCUGGCCUCAACAACCACAGCUGCUCCAACAACAACCACAGCUGCACAAACGACAACCACAGCAUCUCCCACAACAACCACAGCUUCUCCCACAACAACCACAGCUUCUCCCACAACAACCACAGUUUCUCCCACAACAAACACAGCUGCACAAACGACAACCACAGCUUCUCCCACAACAACCACAGCUUCUCCCACAACAACCACAGCUUCUCCCACAACAUUCACAACUUCUCACACAACAACCACAGAAUCUCCCACAACAACCACAGUUGCAGCUACAACAACAGAAGCUGCAGCAACAACAACCGAAGCACUGGCCUCAACAACCACAGCUGCACCAACGACAACCACAGCUGCAGAAACUACAACAACAGCUUCUCCCACAACAACCCCAGCAUCUCCCACAACAACCACAGUUGCUUCUCCCACAACAACCACAGCUGCACAAACGACAACCACAGCUUCUCCCACAACAACCACAGCUUCUCCCACAACAACCAUAGCUUCUCCCACAACAUUCACAACUUCUCACACAACAACCACAGAAUCUCCCACAACAACCACAGUUGCAGCUACAACCACCACAGCUGCAUCAACAACAACCGAAGUGCUGGCCUCAACAACCCCAGCUGCUCCAACAACAACCACAGCUGCACAAACUACAACAACAGCUUCUCCUACAACAACCACAGCUUCUCCCACAACAACCACAGCUUCUCCCACAACAACCACAGUUGCAGCUACAACAACAGAAGCUGCAGCAACAACAACCGAAGCACUGGCCUCAACAACCACAGCUGCACCAACGACAACCACAGCUGCAGAAACUACAACAACAGCUUCUCCCACAACAACCCCAGCAUCUCCCACAACAACCACAGUUGAUCAAACUACAACCACAGCUUCUCCCACAACAACCACAGCUUCUCCCACAACAACCACAGCUGCACAAACGACAACCACAGCUUCUCCCACAACAACCACAGCUUCUCCCACAACAACCACAGCUUCUCCCACAACAUUCACAACUUCUCACACAACAACCACAGAAUCUCCCACAACAACCACAGUUGCAGCUACAACCACCACAGCUGCAUCAACAACAACCGAAGUGCUGGCCUCAACAACCACAGCUGCUCCAACAACAACCACAGCUGCACAAACUACAACAACAGCUUCUCCCACAACAACCACAGCUUCUCCCACAACAACCACAGCUUCUCCCACAACAACCACAGCUUCUCCCACAACAACCACAGUUGCAGCUACAACAACAGAAGCUGCAGCAACAACAACCGAAGCACUGGCCUCAACAACCACAGCGGCACCAACGACAACCACAGCUGCACAAACUACAACAACAGCUUCUCCCACAACAACCCCAGCAUCUCCCACAACAACCACAGUUGAUCAAACUACAACAACAGCUUCUCCCACAACAACCCCAGCAUCUCCCACAACAACCACAGCUUCUCCCACAACAACCACAGCUUCUCCCACAACAACCACAGUUGCAGCUACAACAACAGAAGCUGCAGCAACAACAACCGAAGCACUGGCCUCAACAACCACAGCUGCACCAACGACAACCACAGCUGCAGAAACUACAACAACAGCUUCUCCCACAACAACCCCAGCAUCUCCCACAACAACCACAGUUGCUUCAUCAACUACAACGACAGAUUCACCUACAGAAACAACAGCUACAUCAACAACAGCCACAGCUGCACCAACGCUCCAACAUCAAACCCACGACAACAGCCACUUCCACAUUGACCUCAGCUUCACCUUCGACAACCACAGCUUCACCUACAGCAACAACAGCUUCUCCAACAACAACAACAGCUGCACCAACGGAAACAACAGAUCCUUUUACAACAACAAUGGCUCCAACAACAACAGCAGCUCCUACAUCAACCCCAGCUGCUCCCAAAACAACCCCAGCUGCUUCCACAACAGCCACAGCUGCACCAACGACAACCAUUGCUCUACCUACAGUGACAACAGCUAUUUCCAAAUUGACCUCAGCUUCACAUUCAACAACCACAGCUUCACCUACAGCAACAACAGCUUCUCCAACGACAACCCCUGCUGCUCCCACAACAACCACAGCUACACCAACGGCAACCACAGAAUCACCUACAGCAACAACAGCUUCUCCAACAACAACCCCUGCUGCUCCCACAACAACCACAGCUUCAUCAACUACAACGACAGAUUCACCUACAGAAACAACAGCUUCCACAUUGACCUCAGCUUCACCGUCGACAACCACAGCUUCACCUACAGCAACAACAGCUUCUCCAACAACAACAGCUGCACCAACGGAAACAACAGCUGCACCUACAGCAACAACAGCUUCUUUCACAACAACUACAGAUGCACCAACGGCAACAACAAUUCCUGUAACAACAACAAUGGCUUCAACAACAACAGCAGCUCCAACAACAACAGAAGCCCCAACAACAACACCAGCUGCUACUACAACAACCACAGCUGCACCAACGGCAACAACAGUUCCUGUUACAACAUCAAUGGUUUCAACAACAACAGCAGCUUCAACAACAACCACAGCUCCACUUACAGCGACCACAAACGCUUCCACAACAACCUCAGCUUUACCGUCGACAACCACAGCUGCACCAGCGGCAAAUACAGCUCUUGUUACAACUGCAGUAGCUCCUACAAUAACAACCACAGCGGCUCCCACAACAACCACAGCUGCACCAACGACAACCACAGAUUCACCUACAGCAACAACAGCUUCAACAACAACAAACACAGCUGCACCAAUGACAACCACAGAUUCACCUACAGCAACAACAGCUUCUCCCACUACAACGACAGCUGCACCAACAGCAACAACAGUUCCUGUUACAACUACAAUGGCUCCUUCAACAACAGCAGCUUCAACAACCCCAGCUGCUCCCACAACAACCACAGCUGCACCAACAAUAACGAUAGUUCCACCUACAGCAACCACAGAGGCUUCCAAAUCGACCUCAGUGUCACAUUCAACAACCACAGCUGCCCCUACAGCAACAACAGCUUUCCCCACAACAACCACAGCUACACCAAGAACAACCACAGAUUCACCUACAGCAACAACAGCUUCUCCAACAACAACCCCAGCUGCUCUCACAACAACCACAGCUUCAUCAACUACAAUGACAGAUUCACAUACAGAAACAACAGCUUCAUCAACAACAGCCACAGCUGCACCAACGGCAACAACAGUUCCUGUUACAACAAUAAUUGCUCCAACAACAACAGCAGUUCCAACAUCAAUCCCAGCUGCUCCCACAACAACCACAGCUGCACCAACGUCAACCAUUGCUCUACCUACAGUGACAACAGCCACUUCCACAUUGACCUCAGCUUCACCUUCGACAACCACAGCUUCACCUACAGCAACAACAGCUUCUCCAACAACAACCACAGCUGCACCAACGGAAACAACAGUUCCCGUUACAACAACAGUGGCUCAAACAACAACAGCAGCUCCUACAUCAACCCCAGCUGCUCCCAAAACAACCACAGCUGA